AUUUUUUUAUUUGUAAUAGUUGGAAGCAAUUAAAUCAAAAUUGUUUUAAGAGCAGUUGCACCUUAUCGAUCAUGAUAACACUUUGGAAUCUCUUUGAAGCUUCACUGCUAUGCUUAAAUGCUGUAUGUGUUCUCCAUGAAGAAAGGUUUAUGCAAAAAAUGGGAUGGGGAGCUAACACACAGAAUCAAGGCUUUGAAGAUCAAUCAUCUGUCAAAUUUCAAAUAUUAAAUUUGGUUCGUUCUAUAAGGACUGUUACUAGAAUUCCACUCAUCAUUUUGAAUAUAUUAACAAUAUUGUUCAAAUUGCUCCUAGGUUAAUAAGUAAUAUGAUGAAAAAACACAGAGUGCUAGACCUCUAAUUGUACUUUUAUUGUUGCAAUAGAAGACUACAACAUGUUAUAAGGUUAUUGUAUUUUUUUAAAUAUGUAUAAAAUAUUUUUAAUUUUAUAUUGA